AUGCUGGCUGCUGGGUUUGAUGUACUUCCUGGUUUUUCUUUUUAAAAAAAAUUAUUUUGCGAAAUAGUUUUUCUCUGUUGCCCUUGGUUUGCUCUCAAUUCGCUUGUAAUGAAAGUAUGGGAGUCGUUGGUACAAGCUCGUUCGUGGUACGGCGGUGUUGGUUUGCUUUUACCGUAUUUUCAGUUGCUACUUUUGCCGACAUUACCGACCUUGUGGACACAACCACGGUCCUGGGCAGAGACGCAACUCUGUUUUGUAGUAACAGUGAACACUCAUCAGGCUUUGCCCAGUGGAGUGACAUCACUGUUGGUGGCAGUCCAGUACCAUUUGCUACCCAGGCUGAUGGGGUUCGGAGAGUUCCUCCUGAAACAUACGGAAAGUAUGCCAACUUUGAUUUGGAUUCAGGAUCUGUUACACAGUUGGACCUCAAGAUAUCAAGUGCUGAGCUUGAAGAUGAAGGGACGUAUUCAUGCACCUUAAAUCCAGACACAAAAACAGCCACACUGACUGUAGAAAUUGAAGGUGCAGAGCCAACAAUUACAGUUGACGGUUAUUCAUCAGGAAAUCCCAUCAUCCUGAGAGCAUCAGAGCCAAGCGUGCUGAGAUGCACAGCCAGGGGCUUCAGACCUGCAGUCACUUUGGAGUGGUACAAGAACAGUGUCCAGAUAACAACGGGCGUCAGUCCAGAGGCACCUACUCCUAACGGAGACGCAUUUGACACAUCGGGCACACUGACAUUUACGCCAAUAAGGCAAGACAAUGAAGCCAUCCUAGAAUGCCGAACAACAGGACAGGUGGUCGCCCCAGCAAAAACAGCACCACUCACUCUCAAUGUACAAUAUGUACCAGUCGUGUCAGUUGGGUAUGCUAAUGAAGUGAUAACUUGCUCAUCGGAUGCCAACCCACUGGCUACCAAUCAUAAGAUCAUCCUGAACGGUACUCAGGUUGUGAAGGAAUUCACGACCAGCCAAGGAUCUCAUCUAUUCACUCCAGUAGAUGGCUGUACUGUCAUCAGUUGCAAUGCUACAAACACAGUAGGGACAGGAACAGCGACUUUUACUGAUGAAGUAUGCCUGGGCUACGUUGAGCCCACAACAAACGCACCAUCCAAAUCACCAUCUACAACCAAGUCACCACCGGCCGCUACAAACAGUGGCGCCGUGGUUGGGGCUGUGGUAGGAGUCUUCAUUGCUGCGAUCAUCAUUUGUGGACUGACCAUCUUUUGUUGGAUGAGGAAGAGAAGGGAACGACAGAAACCCACUCGUGGACAGUCAACCACUGGGAGAGAUGGGAAAGGUUAUUUUAAGCCUGACCGACAACAUCAUGUUGAGCUGCAGAGGUCAGGGUCUAAUAUGGUUGCAUCCUCAUCAAAGGACGAUCAACCUAACGGCAAGUGUUUUGGAAUGAUAUUGAUAGAAAAUUUUUCGGUGCCUGCUGUAUUAGACAUGCUUCUCAUUCAGAUUUGCUUAGUAAAUAUGUUGGAUUUCGUAAUCUAAAUUUACAUUCAUCCAAAAAUUGCUAAAUCACACAAAUGACGAAACAAGAACAGCGAUUGAAAAUGAAUUUACGUGAUGACAUAUAGAAUUCUAUCAGUUGCUGUUAAUAAAACUAAUAGGA